AUGUCGCAUCUUCAAUACUACGCUUACAAGGGCGUCGGCGAGCGAAAUCUUGAGCACCAUGGAUAUCAGCAAGCGGUACGGGUGGGCGACCGUAUCGAAUGCGCUGGACAAGGCGGCUGGGACCCUUCAACCGGUGCCUACAACACCGACAUCAAAGCCCAAAUCGAGCAGGCUUUUGCCAACGUGGAUUUGAACCUGCGGGAUGCCGGCGGGAAAGGGUGGGAUCAGGUCUUCCGAGUGAAUAGUUAUCAUGUGCCGCUGAACAACGAAGCGUUGGGAGCGAUGACGAAGGCGUUCAAGAAGUGGAUGCCAGGGCACUCACCGAUCUGGACCUGUGUGGGGGUGCAGAGAUUGGGUGAGGAUGAUAUGAGGGUUGAGAUUGAGGUUGUGGCUCACGAUCCGCAAUGA